AUGACCGUUGGUGCGCCGGUCGCAGCAGUCAACGCCGAAGUUCCAUCGCCGCGGAAGAAGGCACUCAUUGUCGGCAACAACGGGGACGAUCUGCAGGGACCUCGACGAGACGCUGAGAGCUUCAAAGGCCUAUUGAUCCACAAGUAUAAGUUCAAAGCAGAAGACAUCAUGAUGAUGGUCAGCAAUGGAGAUGACCCAUUGAUGGAUCCCUCACGGCGAGAGAAUGUGAUACGGGAAUUGAAGGCCCUCGUGCGUGAUGCACGUAAAGAUGACAGCUUCGUGUUCUUCUAUGCAGGGCAUAGCACGCAGAUGACAUGUAGACAUGGCACUGAGGACGAUGGACUGGACGAAGCUAUCUGGCUCAAAAACGGCUCUGGUCCGGUGACAGAGAAUGACUACAUUCUGGAUAAUGUCCUUCGAGAGAUUCUAGUUGAUACACUUCUCCCUCUUGGUGCUUAUAUGUUUUCGUUCUUCGAUGCCUGCACCUCUGGCACUCUGAUGGACUUGGAUCACGACAAGUGCAACCAACGCCAAUUCGAGAAGACGUAUCACCCGAAGCGUACGAUUCCUCCAAAUACCUGCUGGCUUGAACAACCGCUUUGUAUUUCGACAUCCCACAAUUUAUUUUCGCCAGACAGAUCAAAUGUCUCAUCGCCAGUCUCUAUGCAAUCCCCUCAAGCACAACCGCUAGCGCGAUCUAUUGUUGCGACACCGCUGACAAAGACACGCGUCUCUUCACCUCUGGCAAGAGGUGCUGUGCAACCGUCAGAGCCACAUUCCAGACGUUCGAACAGAGUUACUACAGAACGUUCCGCGCAGACAACACCCGCCCAUUUCCACCAUGAUACCAGGACAUCUGUCGGGAGGCCUACCAUGAACUCAGAUAUCCCCUACACUCCAAUAGCCACCAGGCUUCAACACAGAUCGACGGCCAACAAAGAGAACAUGCAGGUUGAAGAUACGUGCAGGCAUCCCAAGAGACGUAUGUCAACCUCGGAGCGCUUGAGUAUGAACACGAGGAAGGACCCCGACAGAAGGCGUAGAGCGACUUCCUCUGCAACUUUCAUGCAGUCGGUGAUCCCGCCACCCGUGCCAUCGACCUCUCUAUCACGCUCCUCGGGCAGUGUCGGUUUACAUGCCGGCACGCCAGCAAAGCGCCGCACUGCUGAAGACGUCUGGCGCGACGUUACUUCCUCUAGUCCUGUGCCAUAUUGCGACUCACCGCCAGGCAGCCCGCUGAAUGCUUCGCUCAGCGUGCGGAGAGAAGCCAGUGCAGGUGUCACCUUUGCGGAGGCUGCCAGCAUGGUGGAAAACCAGUCCAGAGUGAAAUGCACCGGUUUCUGCCAUGAUCAGCUGCUCGAAAACAACGUGGGUUCAGGUCAAGGAGCACGGAUUGUGUCCAUCUCUGCAUGCGCUGACGGGCAGCGGACGUGGGAGGCCGGAUCGCGUUCCACGACACAGUUCCUGGUACAUUACCUGCGUAUGGAUCUUGAUCUUCCGUAUACGGAAUGCAAAGUUGCGAACAUUGACGUGUAUGUUCUUGUAGGCACAACGCCGAAGCCGACAUGGAGGCAGGUGUGGGCGCAUCUGAGCACUCGUGGAGACACGUUCAUCCACACAGGACGAGAGAAAUACCGUGAAUGGCAUAGAGAGGACUCCAUGCCAACGUAUCAGGAUCCUCUGAUCAGUAGUGAUUCACCACUGAUUCUGGACUCGCCUUUCACCCUCAUCAACCCAUUGUCGCUCGAGGAUGCAGAAAGCACACAGCCAUAG